UCUCUUCCGGGUUUUCAACGGUUCCAAGUUUAUUUCGAUUUUUUUUAAUGCAAAAAAAAGGGGGACAGCAAAUGAAGCAAUUCGUCUGAACAUUUUAAAGUUUCUCACGUACUCUUUUUACAUUGCAAUGGAUGAAUUCCAUCCUUUCAUCGAAGCACUUCUGCCCCACGUCCGAGCCUUCGCCUACACGUGGUUCAACCUGCAGGCCCGAAAACGAAAAUACUUCAAAAAACAUGAAAAGCGUAUGUCAAAAGAGGAAGAGAGAGCUGUGAAGGAUGAGUUGCUGAGUGAAAAACCAGAGGUCAAGCAGAAGUGGGCGUCUCGACUUCUGGCCAAGUUGCGGAAAGACAUCCGACCUGAGUACCGGGAGGAUUUUGUUCUCACAGUCACGGGCAAGAAGCCGCCGUGCUGUGUCCUUUCCAACCCUGACCAGAAGGGCAAGAUGCGCAGAAUUGACUGCCUCCGCCAGGCAGAUAAAGUCUGGAGGUUGGACCUUGUCAUGGUGAUUUUAUUUAAAGGUAUUCCGCUGGAAAGUACUGAUGGGGAGCGCCUGGUGAAGUCAGCACAGUGCUCCAACCCAGGGCUCUGCGUCCAGCCACACCACAUAGGGGUUUCUGUUAAGGAGCUCGACUUGUAUUUGGCAUACUUUGUGCACGCGGCAGAUUCAAGUCAAUCUGAAAGUCCCAGCCAGCCAAGUGACGCUGACAUUAAGGACCAGCCAGAAAAUGGACAUUUGGGCUUCCAGGACAGUUUUGUCACCUCAGGUGUCUUCAGCGUGACGGAGCUGGUGAGAGUGUCGCAGAGUGAGUAUGGUGUUACUUCGGUUCAGACAGAGCUUGUGCUUGUCGAUCCAUCCCUCUUGCCAGGAAUGCCGUCUCCGACCACGCUGAAGAAGUCGGAGAAGUCUGGCUUCACCAGCCCCUCCCCUUCGCAGACCUCCUCCCUGGCCACGGCCUUCACACAGCAUCACCGGCCUGUCAUUACGGGACCCAGAGCAAGUCCACACGCAACGCCGUCGACUCUUCACUUUCCGACAUCACCCAUUAUCCAGCAACCUGGGCCUUACUUCUCGCACCCAGCCAUCCGCUAUCAUCCUCAGGAGACGCUGAAAGAGUUUGUCCAACUUGUCUGCCCUGAUGCUGGUCAGCAGGCUGGACAGGUGGGGUUCCUCAAUCCCAAUGGGAGCAGCCAAGGCAAAGUGCACAACCCAUUCCUUCCCACCCCAAUGUUGCCACCACCGCCGCCACCGCCGAUGGCCAGGCCUGUGCCUCUGCCGGUGCCAGACACAAAGCCUCCGACCACAUCAACAGAAGGAGGUGCAGCCUCCCCCACCUCACCAACCUACUCGACACCCAGCACCUCCCCCGCAAACCGAUUCGUCAGUGUUGGACCACGGGACCCAAGCUUUGUAAAUAUCCCUCAGCAGACACAGUCCUGGUACCUGGGAUAAAAGUUGCAGCGUCCCACCGUCCACCAGACAGACCACCUGACCCCUUCUCAACUCUGUAACACGGACGCAUCCUCAGCUCAGCGUGGUUACAACCUCACUGUCAGUGGGAGGGGAGAGUCAGAUCGACUUGUACCUGGAAACAGCGAGCAUAUGGUCCAACAGCAAAGGCCAUCACCUUUUGGGAUUUUUUUUAAAUACUUUAGGGACUGUUGUAAUUUUCUCAUAUGGUGCUGGAAACGGUUGGGCUCUGUAACAGAAGUGUUUCGGUGGUUGCAUGAGCAUGAGGUGAUGUGGUGAGAGGCGUCUGCCCUGCUCGCUGACGCCCCGUUGUAACACUUUCCUUACGGAGCCCGGCUGUUUCACAGUAUUUCAUGAAUUGACCCACGUAGGUGUGCGCCUCCUCGAGCAAUCAGGAGGCGCAUGGAGAACUAAAUCUUUUGUAGUAGCUGAGAUCUGCAAUAUAUAACUUACGGGACAGUCAAAGAGCAUGUUUUUCUGUAACAUUUGGAAAAAGAAAACGCAGUUAUGUCCCUCUCCUGUUUUUUCUCUUAGUUCGGUUCAGCAGUUAGACGUGUAACGGCCCGCGAGGACAGUGACCACUCAUGUUGCAGAACAAUUCCGAAAACGGCAAACUACUACUACUACUAUUCAGUUUUUUAAAAGUUUUGAAAUGCUGCACUUACAUUUAAAAAAAAAACAUUUUUUUCAACAAUUUCAACAAUGACACACAAAUUCAUGUGGAAAUGGGGAAGAUGGUCUGUUUUGACAGAAACUGACAGGAAUCAAUCAAAACAAUCGAAUUUUGAAUUGAGUAAAGUGCAAUUUCAUUGGAUAGCUAAAUAUCUUUGUAAGAUAGAGAUUGUUGAAAAUUCUAUUUUUGUUUUUCAAGUCCUUCCACCCCAGGACUCUAAAUUAUUGGGGUAAAAAACAGCCUUGCAAGAAAAAGGGGAGCUAUUUUUGCUUUUUAUGUUUUUUAUUGUUAAACUUGUAUCCCUUUACAAACUGAAGGAAAAUUUAAAAAAAAAAACAAAAAAACAAAUCUAAUGGUGCUUUUACCACAAUAUGUUAAUAACUACAUUAAAUGCUAAUUAAUUAUUUCUGUUAUCAAAGCACAUAACUAAAAUGAAAUCAUGGUAUCUGUUAAUUUUAUAAGCUAGAAGUCACUAUAAUGGAUAAUGCCAAUUCUAAAAAUUUGUACAUGUAUUCGGCAACAUAGGAUUUAUUGGUUAUCAGACACUUCAUUGUACCAGAGAUUGUCCAGAAAUUUUAAAGACCUUUGCGCCCCUGAACUGGGCUAUGGGAAAAAAAAAUAGUAAUAAUAAAAGUGAAACCAAUACUGACACAAAUGCUGGUACCCAUUCAGAUCAGGGUACUUGUUAGGGAAAAAAAAGUUUGCACCCCCAAAUGUCCUGUAUCUUAUAUAAAAAAACACAAAAAACAGAAAAAAAAAACAAAAAAAGUGCAAGUGAUUUUUCUACCAGACAGCGAAGCGCGCCUUUGCUUCCCAGGCACCGACGAGAAGGUCCCUGUGCUAUAUACGUAUAUCCACGUCCUGGCGGCAGCCCCGCCGGAGAGAGGCUCUGCAUGUUCUAGUGUUAGUCGCUAGUUUUUAUAUAGUUAACGUAGGAUAAAAUAGAGUGCAUUAAGACACAAUAUUGUAAUCCUUCCUUAGGCACUUGCCUUUAAACUAUGUUUCCAGCCCUUCAGAAGGGUUCUACUACUGUCCUAUACAAUCAAGUAACUGAAAUUCUUGGGAAGACACUUUGCUCCUCAUCUUUCCCCCGAAACAAUGUUGUUUUGUUUUGUUUUUUUUCCUUAAUUUGCACGAAAACAAAAAUUCCAUAUCAAUGUGCCUUGCCCUGGAUAGCGAUUAUUUGUGGAAUUGUUGCACAUGCCCCUCUGUUGAAGGGGUUUCCCUGUCGAGCAUUUGGAGACACUUUUGUAAAUGUGACUUCUAUGUCAGCCAUCGUCCGUUUCAACACCGAGCACUGAGUAGGAAGGUAGUUGUCCAUGGAUAGUAGUCUUAUUGUCCUCGUGGUCAGUGGCAGUGCUAUUCUGAGAUCCGUAGAUGCUUAGAAUAUCGGUAUUUUGGAUGUUGCUGCAUUUUACAGUUUGUUUGGAGUCUUCCUUUAUUUUCCCCCAAAUAUAUGAAAAUAUGCAAUACCUGCUUAUAUCGUGUAGAAAAGCUUAGCAAUGAUUCAUUUUUCCUUUAUUUCUUUAAUUUGACCAAAGUCAGUGCUGCACUUGACGCAGUGUGUUUUGGGUGUUUGUCUUUGUACUUUUUUUGUGAUUUUUGAAUGCACGUGCGCAGGAAGGGCUCCUCUUAGAGAAGCAGUCAAACUGUGAAGCACUAAGCUGACCCUGCUUCAAGCAAUUUUUUUUUUUUACAACUGUUCCUUUCACAAGCAAGCCUUAAAAAAAAAAAAAAGACAACUUCCUUUUUCUUCAGCUCCCACACCCCAUUUUUCUUAGCAGACUGCAGUCAAUCCGCAUUCAAUAAAAAGUAUGUAAUGCCCAUUUUUAUAUGCACGUUUUUAAACUUCCAAGUUCUGAAAAUUGUUUACUGGUUAUCUCUAUUUAAGGAAAAAAAAAUAAAAUAAAACAUUUUGGAUUUUCAUACGUGUCUGACAAGUGGUUGAGUAGUUGUUGGCGCUGUCUGUCCUGUGGUUGUCAGUGUACGGUGUUGCCUCCUGUAGCCAGCCAGCAUCCUUUGCCUUCCCCGUAGCUCUUAGCUGGGCAUUACUUUAUUAUGACAUGUGCACUAAGAGAGAAAGAAA